UCCAACAAACAAAUCCCUCAUCUAUCUGUGUUCUGCACGCUCGUAAUAUUCCCCCAAAUACUCAUAAGCCUUUCCUAUCUCACUAAAAAUGGCACCAAAGGCAGAGAAGAAGCCAGCGGAGAAGAAACCCGCCGCUGAGAAAGCGCCGGCUGCCGAGAAGUCUCCGGCGGAGAAGAAGCCGAAGGCCGGGAAGAAGCUUCCCAAGGAUGGCGCGGCUGCCGGAGACAAGAAGAAGAAGCGCUCGAAGAAGAGUGUAGAAACUUACAAGAUCUACAUCUUCAAGGUGCUGAAGCAGGUUCACCCUGACAUAGGGAUCUCGAGCAAGGCCAUGGGAAUCAUGAACAGUUUCAUCAAUGAUAUCUUCGAGAAAUUGGCUCAGGAGGCCUCCAGGCUUGCCAGGUACAACAAGAAGCCUACGAUUACUUCUCGGGAGAUCCAGACUGCUGUGAGAUUGGUGCUGCCUGGUGAAUUGGCUAAGCACGCUGUUUCUGAGGGUACCAAGGCUGUUACCAAGUUUACCAGCACUUGAAGAACUUCUCAUUUUUAGGGCUUCUGAUGUUAAGUUUUCAAUUUUCUGUUUUUGAUGAUAUGCGUAGUAGGGUUUUUAUUUGGGUGUAGAAUAUUUUGUUAGGUUUUGUUGAAUGGACGUAGUGUAACCGAUGGUAUAUUGAAUCAUGAAUGAUAUUUCGGUUCUUUCCUACA